UCUCGAGUUUCGAGUGUCCCAGUUGGCUCCUAUGUACCGUGAAGAAGUUGGACUCGCCCAGUCGGCCAGCUUAUAAUCGCGCCAUUUGGUUCACUGGCUCAGGAAUAAAUAGCGGACCUCUUUGGCUAACUGACAUUUAGAAUCUAGAUCUAGGCUUGUUUAGUUCGGAGGCUAUUUUCACGUUCUCCUUCUCUGCUGAGUUUUGUGGUCUUUACAGCAACGAUCCGCUGGAGGCAUUAGCCAUAGAUGAAAUCUGCCAGCUGAGGGAGGAUUUGUUGAUUCCAGAGACAAAGCAUUAUCUCGAGAAAGAUGAGACAGAGAAGGCCAAGAAAGAGAAAGACAUGUUCGAGAACGUAUACCCCAAAUUCAUGAAGUUCUUUUCUGAAAUCCUCAAAUCUAAUGGCACUGGCUUUGCUGUCGGCAAAAAGUUGACUCUGGCAGACAUCGCCAUCUUUGAAGGAACCACAACUGUUUCCCAGCUGAAUCCAGACCUCUUCAAAAAGUAUCCAGAUUUGGUUGCUUUCCGAGAGAAGAUUUCCAAUGUUCCUGGAAUCAAGGAGUAUCUCGCAUCCAACGAAAAGACCAGGAUCUGAAUAAUACUCGAUGAAUCUUAGUUUUCGGUUUUCAACCAUUCCUGUAAUUUUCUCACUCUCUUCUAGUGUAUUUGUAGAGAUCCACAAGUAUAAUUUGCUGUAAAAUAAAAUAAGAUGAAGUACA